AUAAAUAAAUAAAUAAAAGAGAGAGAAAACCUAAACCCUUUCGUCUUCCUCUCACUCUCACGUACUCCACCUUCUUCUACUUCACAGUUCCCCCCCCCCCCAGCUUUUCCUUUCAGCAGCUCAGUAUCGCCGCCGUUUUUCUUCCGCUCGUACCGGCGGCGUUUUCUUCAGCUUGUCCUGCCGCAGCCUUCCUUUUGUUGUAUUGAUUUUCCACUCUCUCGUGUUACUGUUAGAGCCGCAGGCGUGAAAUUGGAAAAGAUCGAGGCUAGUUCAUUUCUGGUAGGGAAAUUGCUACUUCUUGACGUGUUGUUCUGUUCGUUCUUCUUUUCCUACUGUGUUCCGUCAUUCCCCCCUUGCAACUUCAGAUAUUUACGUUGAAAUUAAGCUUUAAGUAUUGCUGUAUAAAAUCUAGCCGAGGUGAUAAUAUAGAAUAGCUCCCGGUUGCUUAUCUUAAGGUCUUCAUUAUGGCAAGUGGACCUGGACUUGAUUCUCUGGUUGAUCAAACAAUAUCAGUCAUCACAAACGACGGCCGCAAUAUCGUGGGAGUCUUGAAAGGGUUUGACCAGGCUACAAAUAUUAUUCUUGAUGAAUCUCAUGAACGUGUUUACUCAACCAAGGAAGGCGUUCAACAACUUGUUUUGGGUCUAUAUAUAAUCAGAGGGGACAAUAUAAGCAUUGUUGGGGAGCUAGACGAGGAACUUGAUUCUAAUCUAGACUUGUCCAAAUUGAGAGCUCAUCCUCUCAAACCUGUGAUCCAUUAAUUAUUGGAGCCGGAAGCUAUGAAUUUGUGUUUAUUAUGAGAAGCUUCCAUUAAACAAGUCAAGCUGUUAUCCAUUCUUUUUUUGGCUUUAACCUCUUUCACCACCUUUGACAGCUUUGCUUAGAUAGUGAGUAUUAUUUGAUGCUUAUGGAUAUUAUUAAAUAUUUGAAAUUUAAAUACUUGAGAUAUUUAUUAUUUGUGGUUGAA